CAGCGCCAUCGCCCGCCUCCCCGCACUCUGCACUCAAUUCUCGUAGUGAACAGACGCUUUUAAAAUCAAUACAAAAUGGUAAUGAAACUAUCUUCAGUCGCUCUGUACGACGUGUACCCAACAUUGCCUAAAUCGCACGGCCGUCAAAUGGAUUGUGCUGAAACUAAAAGGCAGAAGAUUUGCAACGCUUUGCCAGCGCUAGUGGAGGAUGAUUCUGAAGUAGAAAUGGAGCAGGAACAUUGCCACGUGCUACGAGCUGAAGGUCUUCGGCGCCAGAAGCUGAUCUCGACGCAGCGGCGUGAGAGGCUGCAGCGAACGUUAGUGCUACCUUCGCUGUCAGAAGAUGAGGAACCUUGAACUAGAGUCAAUGAAACUUGGAUCAAGUUUAACGCCUUUACGGCAAGCAGCUCCGCACGGAGCCAAUGGAAGUGAACCUCACAGUCAACAGAUGGCAGUGGUGGACAGUUGGUUUGACAUUGGCAGUGACUAAGUGAAGUGAUUGAAAAAAAUAAGUUAGCAAAUAAGAUGUAAGGAAAUGUGUCACUAAUGUAAAAGAUAAUAAAUGUGUUUAAUUAUAAAAAA